GAGGGUGGCGGCGGUGGCGGUCGUUCUGUGACAAACGCUGGUGGGGGUGGAGGAGGAGGAGGUGGAGGUCGACGGGCACCGAGUUUACGGCUGGUGAACGGAAGAGCGACUACAGGGAUCAGUUUGCACACCAGCAGCACAGAAUCCGUUCGUUCACCCCAUUACCACCUCGGCCAGCAACAAGGCGGCAACAACAAUAACAAUAACAACAACAACAGCAACCAUAAUAAUAAUAAUAACAACAAUAAUAACUGCCACGCCGGUAAUAACCCCGCCACGAACAAUUAUCCACGGCUUAACAAAGAUGACAGCAUCAAGAUCAGCAUCGAGAACACGAACACUUGCACGGACAGCCUCGUCACUGCUCUAGACGACGAGACAUUGCUCAUCACCGAUUUCGUGGCCGACCAAGGCAACGAGAUGAAUUACAAGGGCAGCGGGAAGGUCCACUUCGGAGUGGACGAUGUGUCCCUCUACGGGACGCCGAAGGAGGAGCCGGGCCCGGGACUUCCGGGCCAGGAGGUGAAGCAGAGCUUCUUGAAGAAUCAGCUUCAGGCCCUGUUCCAGCCUACGGACAACAAGUUGGCCAUGAAGCUAUUCGGUAGCAAGAAGGCUCUGAUGAAGGAACGGAUCAGACAGAAGGCUGCAGGUCACUGGGUCAUCCAUCCUUGCUCCAGUUUUCGAUUCUACUGGGACCUCUGCAUGCUCCUCCUGCUGGUAGCUAAUCUGAUAAUUCUGCCAGUCGCCAUUAGUUUUUUCAAUGACGACCUAAGCACUAGGUGGAUAGCCUUCAACUGCCUUUCCGACACGAUAUUCCUCAUAGACAUUGUCGUCAACUUCAGGACAGGUAUAAUGCAGCAGGAUAACGCCGAGCAAGUGAUCCUGGACCCGAAGUUAAUCGCGAAAAACUACCUCAGGACAUGGUUCUUUCUCGACCUCAUUUCCUCCAUACCACUAGACUACAUUUUCCUCAUAUUUAAUCAAUUUCAGGACUUUAGCGAGUCCUUCCAGAUCCUGCAUGCUGGCCGUGCUCUAAGGAUCCUCAGGCUUGCGAAACUGUUGUCGCUCGUUAGGUUACUACGGUUGUCAAGACUGGUGCGGUAUGUCUCGCAAUGGGAAGAGGUCUAUAUAUUGCAGAACCUACAAAAAAUACGCGCUGAGCGGAGGGGGCGCCUAUGUUCUGACAAUAUGAGUAAAAAGAAGUACGGUUUCAGCAAAAGCGACCUUAUUUUUAAGUUCCUGAAUAUGGCGUCGGUGUUCAUGCGGAUUUUUAACCUGAUCUGCAUGAUGCUCCUAAUCGGUCACUGGAGUGGUUGCCUGCAAUUCCUGGUCCCUAUGCUCCAAGGAUUUCCUAGUAACUCCUGGGUCGCCAUCAAUGAAUUACAAGACGCACACUGGUUGGAACAAUACUCAUGGUCCCUUUUCAAAGCCAUGUCGCACAUGCUCUGCAUCGGAUAUGGAAGGUUUCCACCGCAGUCCUUGACCGACAUGUGGCUCACUAUGUUAAGCAUGAUCAGCGGUGCUACCUGUUAUGCACUUUUCCUUGGACACGCCACGAAUCUCAUUCAAUCUCUCGAUUCCUCAAGAAGACAAUACCGCGAGAAGGUGAAACAAGUGGAGGAAUACAUGGCCUACCGGAAGUUACCGCGAGAAAUGAGACAGAGGAUCACGGAGUACUUCGAGCACCGUUAUCAGGGUAAAUUCUUCGACGAAGAAUUGAUUCUUGGAGAGCUCUCGGAGAAACUAAGAGAGGACGUGAUCAACUACAACUGCAGAUCGUUAGUCGCCUCGGUACCCUUCUUCGCCAAUGCUGAUUCGAACUUUGUCUCUGACGUUGUUACUAAACUGAGAUACGAAGUCUUCCAGCCAGGUGACAUCAUCAUCAAGGAAGGCACGAUCGGUUCGAAAAUGUACUUUAUACAAGAAGGCAUCGUCGAUAUCGUGAUGGCGAACGGCGAGGUCGCGACCUCUCUAUCAGAUGGCUCUUAUUUCGGCGAGAUUUGCCUGUUGACGAACGCCAGGAGGGUGGCAUCCGUUCGCGCCGAGACCUACUGCAAUCUCUUCAGCCUCUCGGUGGAUCACUUCAACGCCGUGUUGGACCAGUAUCCGCUAAUGCGCAGAACGAUGGAAAGCGUUGCCGCCGAGAGGUAUAAGCUUUGGUUGAAUAAAAUCGGGAAGAAUCCGAACCUGGUGGCGCAUCGCGAAGAGGAUCUCGGCAGCGAGUCGAAAACGAUAAAUGCCGUGGUGAAUGCGCUCGCUGAGCAAGCUGCGCAUGCUAGUGCUAGCGUGGAAUCGGUGCACAGCAUGGAACUGAGGAGCCUACCAGCUUGCCUGCUACCCAGACCAAAGUCUGAGAACAAUUUCGCGAGCCAGGAGUUGUCGAGAGAAGGACGAAGGAUCUUCCACAAAAGCGACACUUUCCACAAGGACUCGUAUCAAUGACGACACUCGUUAUACUAGCAUACAGAGAGAUACUAACGGCUCCAACGGACGGCAGUACGCGAACCUGUCGACCUAGGAUCACCAACGGCGGCCGUUUUAAGCCUAGAUCCUGGACGCUAUACUAGAAGCAGUUUAUACAUAGAUAUACGCCAUGCCAGUAGUCUUCUAGCGAUCGGUUUAUUAGCGCCUUCUUAUAUUAACCCGACGGCACUUGUUCUGUCCAGGAUCUAUGCGUAAAAUCGCGCGGACCAAGAAGAGAUCCAAAGUUCUCCAACGGUGGCACAGGCUGGGAACUCGAUUAAUUAAUUUCCGUUUCUUUCGAGACGCUUAUUUUCUCAACACGUCGACAGCAAUAAACGAAACGAAAGCAGAAUGAAACGAGGACGAAGGACUCAGGAUCGUGUGUUCCAGGUCUGUGUUUGAUCGCUGAUCGAACCAGUUUGCUAUAAAUAGACUAAACUGUGAGAUGGAUUCGAAGAGGACGAUGAAGAAAGGCUGUGUCAUCGAUUGGAGAACAGGGAGCCGUUUCCUGCCCGCGAGGAUCUUCAUCUUUUUACGAAGCGUUCGACAGAAGCUGAACGCGAGAGAGGAUGAAGACCUCAACGACGACGAAGAGCAGGCCUAGAAAUUUAUAGAGCAUACGUAGCCAAUCGUGGACUAGGUAGAAGUCCUAAACGACAGUGUUAUUUAAAAAAGCGAUGCGUAAUUCUCUGUGAUUUUGCAAAGCCGUUUCGCACUUUUAGGGAGACGAUAAUGAAAAUUAAGGGGAUAGGGAAGGGGGCAAUGUUACGAUCCGUACAAGCGACUAGGGUUCUGUUUUUCUUUUUCUAAGGACAACUAACGUUAUAGAAGAGAAACAUACUCGAGAGAUACUCCGGUUAUAAGUUUGUUAACGUGUUUUAACUUUAGCUUCGAGUGAACAAACGAGACCAGGAAGAGGAAGGAUAAAAGUCGAAGAAACGUGGAAUAAUUUGAAAGCUGGAAACGAAAGAAGAUGAAGAUGAAGAAAUAUAUAAAUAUAAUUUCGAGCUCGACAAAAAUUUCAUAAUCGGAAUUUAGGAAGACCGUCCUGAAAUUAAAAAAAAAAAGAAGGAAGAAGAUUCAACGUUGAAAGAGAAGACAAAAUUUUCCGGGGAGAGGGUACAGAAACGAGGGGGUUGGUUUAGGUCAUUCUACAAAUGGAAAAUUAAUAAUUAUAAAAAAGAAGUCUAAUCGAACCGCCCAAAGACCGUGUUAACUUGUUGAGUGAUCUUUGGGCUGUCGUAAUUAAGAAGCAGAAAAAGGAAUGAAGAAUAAAAAUUAAUUAAACACGUCAAUGAAGAGAGAGAUAUUAAGUGAAACCGCGAAGAGCUGUAUCUUUUUAUUCAGGCUAAUAGACGCGAUGUACUAUAAUGAAAGAAGAAGAGAAAUAAACUGAAGAAGAGUAAAGAAGAAGCUAUAAAUAUUAUGUAAUAAAUUAUUAUUAUUGUUACCAAUUAUCAUUGCAAUGAUUACUACAUCCACUACCGCAUAAAAGCUAGGCAGAUUAAAGGAAGUAAGACGUAAAUGAGAAGAGACAACACAUAUUAUAUAUACGUAUAUAUACAUAUAAAAAGUAUGCAUAGUGGUCAAUACCGUGUUGCAAGAUAUUAUUAAAUAAUAACGUUUUAACUGUAUGCGAGGAAGGGUUAUAAACACCGACAAAAUAACACCGAUACUUACGGACAUUCUUACCCGACUUUACCUGAUGAAAAUGCUGAUUUUAAAUCAAUUCCAAUCCGAGGUAUAUAUUUUCACCUGUAGAUAGAUUAAUGAUAAUCCAGGUUGAACGACUUUACAUUUGUUCCACUUACUGUAUUAUUUCUCUGUAGCUGUUGAUACGUUUUAAUAGUGUUAUCCUUUGAAAGUUUAACGCGACUGUUGAAUUUAUCUGAUAUUAUUAUAUUAAUACUGAGAGGAGAGAUACUCGGUUCUGAGGAAAGACUUUCUGGAUCAAGGGCUUUUGAAUUUACAUUUUUACAAUUCUCCAAUAUAAAUAUUACACUUAUAUUCUACUUCAAUUAUCAAAGUGUCAAGCAUUUCCUUCAAAAUUCUAGGAAUAGAUUAUUCUGUAACAUUGUUAUAUCUGAAAUUCCAUUGCUCACGAUCAGUUUUAAUGGUAGAACACUUACAAUAAUAUAGCAAUAAAUAAAUUAAGUUUCUUUUAAACUUGGGGUGAAUAAUUUGAAAAGGAAACUGUUGAGUCUUCGUCACUCGAUAUUACAAUAAAAAUACCAUAAUAGUAAUUAUGUUACCAUCUUUAAAUACCCUGAACAAAUUAUAAAGAAUUCUAAGCAAUAAAUAAAUAAAUAAAAUUCGAAAGCCCAUGUUACAGACGCUACUCGAUCGAGCCUAGAUCGUAAUCUGUUAACGAUAAUACUCUUCUUUAAUCAAUUAAAUUUUAUAGGAGUCUAAUUUAUGAUACCAACAAAGUUGCUCGUUACUUUGACACGUUUAUGUUAAAUACUUCGACGUACACGCGUACACACACACAAUUCACUGACGACACACACACACACACACAUACACACACAGAGAAGAACACAGUGCAGGUGAAAGAAACGUGCCAUUCGUUUCCUAGUUGAACGUUGUAACACAUUUCGUGCAUAUGUGAUUAUAUGCAUACAUGUACAUAUAUACAUAUAUAAAUAAUUAAGAAGAAUCUAGGAAUAUUAUACAUGCGUUUCAUACAUAUACAUGUACACCUGUGUACCCAUAUGCAGGUGUAAACAUAUACACCUACACACGUGCGAGGAAAACAGAAGUACCUAUUUUUCAUGUAAGAGAGAGAUAGUUUUCUGUCAUUAUUUUACAACCCCUCACGUCAUCCUGAAUAUAUUAUAUAUAUAUAUAUAAAUAUACAUAUACGAUAAUACUAAUUAUAAUAAUGAAUUAUAUUGUAAUAGAAGAGGAAGAAGGAUGAUUCGCGUACAGUGGGUGAAAAGCAUCCUACAAAGUGGUAGAAUACUCGUAGACCGCAUGACACCGACGUUUUUAUAGAUUAAUCUAUACACACAAGAGAUAUAAUGAGAUAAAAUAAAAUAAAAUAAAUUAAGAUCGGUCUAGGACUAAUCUGCCAGCGAGGUUCGGGCCUAAGGCGUACGCGUAACUAAUUAUACAAAUGAAGAAUUAAAAAAUGAAAAAAAAAAGGAAAAGAACGAGGGAUGACGAGGAGAUUGAAAAAAGGGAAUUGGAAUUAUUGUUACUAGAAUAUGAACGAGGGUGGGGAAAGAUUAGUGGCGAUAUUGAUUAGGAAGAAACGAGAGAUAGAGAGAAGGAUGUUGUGUACUCUUUGCUAUCACUGCUAAAACGAUAGACAACUAUGUAAUCACUGUCUGCUAUAAUGUUCACGAGAGAUGCUACUACCGUGUUAAAAAGAAAAAUGAGAAAAAAAGAAAUAAAUAGUGCAGAGUAAUAGUGGCUGCAAAAAGAGGGUGUAGCAUUGACGAUGGAUAUGAAGAGAGAA